GCGCACUGAGCACCAUACUGCCGUGGUUCAUUUCAUGGGUAUUUGGAAAGGCUGUGAGGGAGUGAGUGAGCGAAAGGUGCUAGACUUUAAGGUUCACACUCUUUUUAGGCUGGCGGCUGACCUAAGCGUGCGCCCCCCGACGAGAACGAUUUCGACCGUGCGGAGGCUAGUGAAAGCGACUGGAAUGAGAGAAGAAUAAAGUGAGAGCUGAUUUAGGAGUAAAGGAACGACAAGCAGAGGCACCGCGGCGGUAGACACCAGCCAGACAGCCGUUAGCUACCGACGGAGAGAGAGAGAAAAGGAAAAAAUUAAAAGGGGGACGGUUUGACAUUUGUGUAAAGCGCACAGAGUAACCAAAUUGUGGAAACCUUAGUACACCGGGUAUGGCAGACGCAGACGUCGACUUCCAGACAGGCGAUGCCGGGGCAUCCGCCACCUUCCCCCAGCAGUGCUCGGCGCUGCGCAAGAACGGCUUCGUGGUGCUGAAAGGACGACCCUGCAAGAUCGUGGAGAUGUCCACCUCCAAGACCGGAAAACAUGGCCACGCUAAGGUCCACAUGGUUGGUAUUGACAUCUUCAACGGCAAGAAGUAUGAAGAUAUCUGUCCCUCCACCCACAACAUGGACGUCCCCAACAUCAAGAGACUGGACUACCAGUUGAUUGGGAUCACGGAUGGUUACCUGUCUCUGCUCCAGGACAGUGGUGAGGUGAGAGAGGACCUAAAGAUGCCAGAGGGAGACAUGGGCAAAGAGAUCGAAACCAAGUAUGACGCUGGAGAGGAGAUUCUGAUCACUGUUCUGUCUGCAAUGAACGAGGAGGCUGCAGUUGCCAUCAAGGCCAUGGCUAAAUAAGACACUACAGGGGUUAACAAGAUGCACUGGAUCUGAAAAAGGAGGGAAUACGGCCAUGUCAAAGCUAUUCUCUCUUUUUCUUUCUUUUUUUCUUUUUCGUCAACUCUCUCCCUCUGUACUUUCUCGCCCUUCUCUGGGUAAAAUUGGAAACUAAUUUCAAUAAAUAAUUGGGAACUGCAAACAGUCAAAACAUUCUCUCAUAUAUAUAUAUAUAUAUACACACAACAUACAAGUCAGUACACACACGGCAUACAAGUCAGUACACACACGGCAUACAAGUCAGUACACACACGGCAUACAAGUCAGUACACACACGGCAUACAAUUCAGCAUUCAAGUCAGUACAUACACGGCAUACAAUUCAGCAUUCAAGUCAGUACACACACGGCAUACAAUUCAGCAUUCAAGUCAGUACACACACAGCAUACAAUUCAGCAUUCAAGUCAGCACACACACACACACACACACACACACACACACACACACACAGCAUACAAGUCAGCACCAGUAAACACAAACAGCAUACAAGUCAGCACCAGUACACACACACACACAGCAUACAAGUCAGUACACACACGGCAUUCAAGUCAGUACACACACGGCAUUCAAGUCAGUACACACACGGCAUUCAAGUCAGUACACACACAGCAUACAAUUCAGCAUUCAAGUCAGCACACGCACACACACACAGCAUACAAGUCAGCACCAGUAAACACAAACAGCAUACAAGUCAGCACCAGUACACACACACACACAGCAUACAAGUCAGCACCAGUACACACACACACA